AUGAAGGGUGCUACUUCUUUCGCUCUUCUGUCGCUUCUGGCCUCGGCCCAAGCCACCUUCGAUUAUUGGGGCUCUGACAAGUGCUAUUCCAGCCCAGGACGCAACCCUAACAAGUGUAACGAGCACCAACAGAAGGGCUUCGACUGGUCGGACCUUUCUACUGGAUCGUUCUCAUCUUACGGUGGCUUUGACUUCUCCGGUUUCACUUGCAGCAACAGCUUCGGCUCCGGCCUUUCCAAGCGUGCGGAGAAAUGCAUCACCGGUACUGCCUCCAAGAGUGGAAGCUCCUCCUCUUCCUCGGGCAGCAGCUACUCCUCAUCCCCUUCGUUCUCUUGCGGCUCUGAGGAGAGUGGCUUCUCUAUCACUCAUUUCCACAUUUCUACCGACAAGGACACCGAUAUGAACAUUGUUUACAGCAUGCCCGACGGUUCCUCUUGCCGCAACACUGCUUCUUGCUCGUCUGCUGGAACUACCGUGAGUAACGACCAGUGUGGUGGUGCUACCUCGGUUUCCUUCGAGCUCCCUGACCACAGUGACCACGAUAGCUGUGGCUUUGGGAUCUACAGCGUUGGCUUCGACUGCACUCCCGGGACCACUUCGUCCCUGCCCACGCCCCCUGCUUCCACUAGUAGCACUUCGUCCUCGAUUGCUUCAGUGCCAACUGUUUCGAUCCCCACUGCCUCUAGCCCUGUUGGUUCAACUGCGCCUGGUGUGCCUUCUCCCUCUGUUCCAGCUGCAACUUCGCCUGCUGCUACCUCUCCAGCUACCGGUAUUACCCCUGGUUCUAGCUCUCCUCCUCGGUGGACAACAUCUACUGUGUACACUACUAGCGAGAUCACAAUCACUAGCUGCGCUCCGACUGUUACCAACUGCCCUGCCGACUCUACCACCGUGGUGACUUCGACAAUCGCCAUCUCGACCACGGUGUGCCCUGUAACUGAGACUACUCCCGCCGCUGGCGAGUCUACUCCUGCUGGAUCUACUCCCACUGCGACCGGCCCUGCUGGUCCUAGCGGUAGCUCUCCCGUUACCUCUCCCGCCCCCGGUGUCAGCUCUUCUCCCAGCUCACCUUCCGGAACUGUUCCUGGUGACUCGACUGUUACUAUCGUGACCUACACAACCACUACCGAGUGCCCAGUUACUAGCACUGUCAGCUCUGGUUCUUCCACGACUGUGAUUACUACUAACACUAUCUCCACCGUGGUUGUAACCUCAACCUCGACCGUCUGCACCAAGUGCACGGCUAGCUUCACCACUCUCCCAAGCGGUGGUGAGACAACCCCAUCUGGCCCUGCUGCUACCAGCCCGGCUGGGUCGUCUACUACUGGUGUCAGCCCUACCGAGACGGCGCCUGGCUCGGGCGAGUCUAGCCCUGCUCCCUCCAGCUCUGUCCCUGCCAGCUCUGUUCCUACGGGCGCUAGCGCUGGCUCUACCUCCGUGCCUUCUGAGGAUACCACCACCUAUAUCACUACCUACGAGACUGUCACCACUUGCCCCAUUACCAGCACUAUCAGCUCAGGCUCUUCGUCGACUGUGAUUACUACCAGCACCGAGUCCACUAUCACCGUGACUUCCACUCGCACCGUCUGCACCAAGUGCACUGCCAGCGCCACCGCAACUGCUUCGUCCGGCUCUGGUUCUACUGAGACCUCGCCUGUCUCCAACCCUGUGCCAACCUCUUCUUGCCCCAACGUCGUGCCCCAAUGCAUCAACACCUGGCUCACUCUUGUUCCCACGUGUACCUCCAACAGCGAUGCCAAGUGCUUCUGCCCUAACAAGGACUUCACCGACAAGGUCAUCUCUUGUGUCCAGGCCUGGGGUGCCUCCAAGGAGGAGAUCCAGAAUGCUCUGUCCUACUUCACCGGUAUUUGCGCUGCUUGGGUUCCUACCAACCCUGGCAUCGUGACUGCUAUCCCCUCCACCAUUACCCUGGUGCCCACCGUUGUUCCUAGCGGUGCUAGCGGUGCCACUGCCAGCGCUGGCAUUACCUCUGCUCCCACGCCCCCUUGCACUACCAUCACCUACUCGACUUACACCGUGACCGUGCCCCAAGUCAGCUUCUAUACCUCGACUGCCUCCUCGGGCUCGUCUACCACUGUCGGUUUGGUCCCUGCCGCACCCAGCGGUGCCUCUCCCGCCAACACUGGCAAGGUUCCACCCCCAGUUGCUGCCUCUUCCACGUUGGUCACUGCUGCUGUGAGCUCCACUCCCUACGUCAGCCCUCAAGCCACCGCUAGCGCCUCGCCCACUGCAUUAUUCAACUCGGCCUCGACCGUUUCGAUUGCUUCCAGCCUCCUUCUGGGCUCUGUGGCCGCCUUCCUCGGCUUGAUGCUCUAA